AUGCAGACCGUCGAAGAUCCCACCAACCACAUGGCAAACACUACAAAAGCUUCCACAAAGAGACGCACGGGAGCUAUGAUGAACUUUGAAAACCUCAAUUUAGAUAUUGUGGAAGACAAGUGGAUGAAUCUUGCUGCUGAUCUUAUUGGCAGAACAGCACUACGUUAUAAGAUUGUUGUACCCCAUCUUGGUUUUCUGGAGAUCCGUAAUGUGCUGAGUAAAUCAAAUUUAAUGCGUACGGAAGGAUGA